CGAAUACAUACAUUUUUCAGUAUCGGUUGGGUGAACACGUAUACACGGAGAACAGUUUUCAGUAAAAAAGAAGAAAAAAUUCAGUGGAAAAAUUAUCUAAUUUUUCCUUAAACAUUUUUUAUUAAAAAGUAAAGUUAAACAGCAAAAAACAGAAAUAACAAUGGGUGAUCAACGAGGCACACGCGUCUAUGUUGGCAAUUUGACCGACAAAAUCAAGAAGGACGACUUGGAGGGAGAGUUCACAAAAUAUGGUAAAUUAAAUUCCGUCUGGAUUGCUUUCAAUCCACCAGGUUUUGCUUUUGUCGAAUUCGAGCAUCGUGACGAUGCCCAAAAGGCCUGCGACGUUUUGAAUGGCACCGAAUUGUUGGGCUCACAACUGCGUGUGGAAAUCAGCAAAGGAAGGCCACGACAAGGAGGGCGUCGCCCUGGUGGCCGUGGAGGUGGUCGCGAUGGCGGACGACGAGAUGGUGGCUUCGGCGGUGGUCGUCGUAGCGGCAGCAGUGGUGGUGGCUUCAGACCACGUAACUCCUCCAGCGGUGGCCGUUACAAUGAUCGCGGCUACGGUGGUGGUUCUGGAGGUGGCCGCUCCGGAGGAGGUGGCUAUGGACGCGAUAGCUAUGGAUCUGGUGGCCGCUCUGGCGGUGGUUAUGGACGUGAUGGCGGCGGUGGUGGUUUCAGUCGCCGUGAUUCGUAUGGACGCGAUGGUGGCAGCCAAAGUGGUGGACGUUCGUUUGGUGGUCAAGGUGGCGGCGGUGGUCGUUUUAGAUCACGUUCCCCAAUGGGUCGCUUCUAAAAGCGAUAACUAUCUACUACUACUACGUAAAAUAGCAUCAUCAUCAUCCAUCGACGUCGAAAGCUUAAUCUACGCCCCCUCUAACAUCAUCAUCGACUGCAAUAUCUGACAACAUCUGCAAUACAGCGCAUAAGACAAGACAAGUAAGCUUCAAGAUUAAUCUUUGAAAAAUACAAAAAAAAAUUACCCCUAACUACGUUUAAGUGCAGCGCUAGAAAAAAAAUGUGUUAGAAAAAUGAUUUGGCCAAGAAGCAAAAAAACGUAUGUUUUCUUUUGUGAAACAUAUAUCUACAUACUACAUACAUACAAAACGUAUCUACUUUUGUUUGUAAAAGAAUCGUCUCUCCUAGUGAUAUAAGUCAUAAUUUUAAUUAUACCACCCCUAUAUCUUCUCCUUCUCCCCUAAAACUACAAACAACUCGAACCAACUCUGUAAAAAAUUUGGAAACAAAAAAACAAUCGCCACAUUUCAAUUUUUCUGGGAUGUGUUAUCACCUUCUUGAUGAUGAGUAACUCUUGAAAUAUUUUUAAUUUUUUUGAAACGCAAAAAAUGUAUUGUGAACGAAUAAUAAUAAUAAUAUGUAUGCAAGUGAAGAAGAAACGACAAAAAAAAUCGCCGUUUUAAGCAAAAAGAAACAAAAUGUACUGCGUACGUUGUUGAGAGAGCGAAAAAGAGAGUGAAAUGUCAAGAGAAAGAGAGAGCUGAUUUGAAUUGAUUUGUAUACAACGCUAAUUUUAAGUUCUCCUACACCCCUCUAAACAAAUUAUUCCCCGUACCUUUAGAAAACAAUGAAAAGAAGACAAAAAUUAAUUAUUUAGUGGCAUUUCACACUGGGUAAUUUUAUUUAAAGCAAUUCUAAGUUUGUGAGAGAAAUCAACGGUGAUCUCUUUCUCACCCCAAACCUGACAAUUGCAUUAAUUAAAACUGCCUGGUGUGGAAAUGAGUAUUUUUUCUUGCCAAAAUUCUUUUAAAAAACUAAAUUUAAUUUUUUCCUUCUUUUCCCCUGAUAUCUGGUCGAACUCCUCCUUACCCCACUACCUUCAACUCUUAUACUACGUAAUUUAAUGCAAGUAAAAAAUACUACGCUAAGUUUGUACGUCAUAUAAAAACAAGAAUACAAAACAGAACGAGAAAAAGAAACACAAGUCAAAAGGAAGAUGAAGAAGAAAAAUUAUUAACGUAUUAAUAUAACAAAAGUCCCCUUAUUACGCAUGUGAAGAAGAUAUUUUCAUGUAACUACUUCUCGUACCCCCACAUCAUAUUUCUCUCUGUAUAGCAUUACACAGUAUUCCAAGAAACGAAGAAAGAACAAAAAGAAAAUGAAGAAAAAACAAGAAAAAAAAUCCAAAAA